UCUGCCUUCGCUCAGGAUUCGACUGUGUCACGGCCAAUUCCCCUCUGCGGUGAGUGGAUAGAUCUUGGACAUAUAAAAUCUAGCCCAACGUCAGCGGAGAUUGACAGCAUUGAGCGCUCCAUAGUAAAUCGACUACGGCCCGAGGAGCGGCCAAGCCAGAUGCACGACCGUGCGAAACCCCACGGAGGAUGAGUCGGGAACAACCAGACAGCCAUGGUCAUAGUAGGAUCGGUCAGCGGGCAUCCCCAUUGCCAAACUCACACAGGUAUGCCCAGGCCUCUGCCAUCGAACUGACCAAUGAGCUGUUUCAAACCUACGACCCAGGGUCGAUUAUCACGUCCAUAGCAACCGACAACACGACUGCACUUCCGGGCGCUAAUAUGAUUGCAGCACAAAGUUCCAAUCGCAUGAGGCAAGAGGGAAAGAAGAGCUUGGCAACGGUUUUCCCAGGGUUGUCUCUACCGCCAAGAGUAUACUGUGACUUUCUCAUUGAAGCGUAUCGAACCUCGGUGCAUUGGUUCAUGAUGCUCUUCCAUCAGCCGACUUUUGAAAAAGAAUACACGGAAAUCAUGGAUACUCAAGCGAUAGCCCCUCGGCAACUUGGGAUCGCAGUGCUCAUCUUAAUGGUGUUCGUCAUGGGCGCCAGAUAUACAGCGGAAUGUGAUAGCCUCGAGGAGAGGGAUCGGCAUGGUGACCUGCAGGCUCUCCAGAAGGAUCUCUUAGGACAUAUCCAUCACCACUUGUUUGAUAUCUUUGAUCUCGGGGGGGUUGAAUCUACCCAAAUCUGUGUGCUGCUUAGUACUUUCUACUUGUACAAUGGUAGGCCCAACCUAGCCUUCGCAAUUCUAGGUGCCGGGGCUCGCAGUGCACAGGCAUUUGGGUUACAUAACGAGUCUCUCUGGGGCCGCGCAGACAAUAUAACAACUGAGGUUCGCCGGCGCACCUGGUGGGCAUUGUUUGUUUUAGACAGGUUUGCAUCUAUCACAUAUGGAAGGCCGCUGUCUAUUCAUGACUCGGAUUGUAAUGUGAGGAUACCAAAUGAUAUGGACGACUCGCUCACGUCGCAUCCCUUGCUGAACUCUUUGGAGGCCGUAAAUGGGCACGAGCCGACACGAGUGACCCUAAUGGCAUAUCAGAGGCACAAAUUCAAACUUUACUCAAUCGCAUCCCCAAUUGUUGGCCGUAUAUAUCGUCUCAAAAGUGCCAAUCCACUGGCAGUGAUCCAAGAAGCAGCCGAGAUUAACACACGACUGGCAAAGUGGUUUGACCAGCUCCCCCCUGAGCUGCGACUGGAGCGCACGGUGGACUUGGACACCUGCAAUCUGCCCAAAGCCGAAGUUGAGACAUGCAUGCUGUUCCAACUGCAGGCCCUCACGCUGCAGCUGGCGUAUGACAACAUUCAAAUUAUACUGCACCGGCCUUUCUUGCGAUACAACAAUUGCUUAAUUGGGUCGUCCGAUCCUGUCCCUAUGGAUGUGCGGCCUACCAGUUUUGAACAAUGCCGACACUGUGCUCGUCGGACCUGCAACAUCUUGCCACGGUACGAAAGCGUUCUGCGGGCUGCCCGGACCACUCAUGCGGUGGCGUAUAUCGCGAUUCAGAACUUCACCGCCGGGGUGACCCUAGUCAUGGUCGCCUUAGCGGAACCGGGAUCUGAACAAUCGCAGGAUGCCAAGAGAGGCGUCGCCAACUCCAUUGCCAUACAAAAAAUGCUCGCGGGCUCGUCGAUUGUCCCGUUGCAGACUGUUAAGGUCCUUGAGCACCUCUUCCGGCUCAUCUUUACCAGAGAGAUGGACUCAAUGCUAGGGAACUCUCCACAAGACAUGGAGGCAAUCAGCCGGACCGGCUCCUACAACCAAGAGUUGGCUCGAGGAGCGACUGGGCUUCCCACGCCCUUGGAGGAUGGUGGCUCAAGGCGUUUAGCCUCCCACUGCACGGCAACUACGGAAGAAGUGGGUGCUACUCAGAGUUUAACGACAGGAACCUACCUCAACUCGGUGCCAGCUGGCGCCCCCAAUGCCACUCCUGACAAUCACUGGGAAGAUUUAUCCUAUAACUCCGGGGUAGACAGUGCGUUAGAAUUUGUACAACAAGUGUUGUGGCAGAAUUCGCAGAACUCAGGUCCGUGGCCCACUUCAGCAGGCCCCCAGACGCCACUGGACGCUGCGGUUGAUGAGCGUUCGAUGCUGAGCAAUGACAUGGUUGGUGAAGACUCCAACUGCCUCAGUGAUAUUCUCUGCGCACAGGGCUGGGUCUGGAACUGGAAUGUUCCUCAAUGAAUUACAGAUGUCUUCUACCUUUUCCGGUGUGUGCCUAGCCCUAGCACAAGUAGAACUUGGUGCCAAUGGAAAUGGAGAC